AUGAAUUGCUUGAGCCCUAUCUCCAACUUCAAGUUAUCAUCGUUGAAACCCUCGUCGCGCUUCCUCUUAUUGGUCAAAUCAACUGCAGCUUCUGUCGUCGGAACAACACCAAAGUCUGAGAAAUCGAUGGACCCCGUCUUCGCCUCCCUCUACCACGGCCUCCCGUACCUCGGCAGAAUCACGUCACAACUAGCAACAAAGGAAUCUGAUCAUCAGGUUUCUGCAGAGUGUAAGUACUAUGUCACUGCCGACUGUUUCUGCCCAAACCUUCUGAACAGUAUUCAUCUUCUCGAUUGGGGCUUUCGUACUGUUACCGUAACCCUCUGCAACCUGCGUAGCUACCCAAGAGAUCAAUGGCCGGCGGCAGAAAGAGACCAUACCGGAGAAUUCCAUCGUGCUUGUUCUCGUUCCCCACCGUUGAGUUCGUCCAUCGACAAGAAGCACCGUGUCUCUCUAAAUUCAAGCUCAAAAUCAAAACCUCCCACAUACCCCCGUCCUUAUUAUCAAGCCCAUCGUAUCACCUCAAAACAAGAAUUGGCCAAGCAGCAAGCUUUCAAUUCAUACCUCGACAUCCCCAAUUUGCCAACCAAGAUCAGGGUUUUGUGUGAAAUCAUCGCCAACACCCCCUCCCUCGCCGUCGAGAAGGUCCUCAAAGAUUCCCGCAUUCGGGUCUGGCAAGAAGAUGUCGAGGAGGUGCUCAAGUUGUCCUACAGCUUCCCGAGCUCUGCCAGCAAUUUCUUCAGGUGGUCUAGGCACCAGCUCAAGGACGACCAUAGCCCGUACGCUUGGAAUUUGGUGGUCGACAUGUUGGGUAAGAACUCUCUGUUUGAUGCAAUGUGGGAUGCUGUGAAGUCGGUGCAUAGGAAAGGGCUGCUUUCGCUCGCCACUUUCGCUUCUGUUUUCAGUAGCUAUGUGAUUGCUGGUAGCUUGCAAGAAGCUAUUAUGACUUUCGAAGUGAUGGACCAAUAUGGCAUGCCGCCUGAUGUUGUAGCAUUGAAUUCGCUGUUUAGUGCGAUUUGUAGGGACGGUAAGACUCUGGAUGCAGUGGACUUCUUAUGGAUCGUGAAGGAGAGGACUAGGCCGGACGCAGAUACGUAUGCCAUAUUGUUGGAAGGUUGGGAGAAUGAAGGGAAUGUGACUGGUGCUAGGCGGACUUUCACCGAGAUGGUGAGAGAAAUCAGUUGGGAUCCGGCCAACGUGCCUGCCUAUAGCUCGUUCUUGUGUACUUUGCUGAAGGGUCCUGGUGGUAUAUGUGAAGCAUUGAAAUAUAUGUGGACAAUGAGCGAUCACCGGUGUUAUCCAGGUAUGAAGUUCUUUCGGAGCGCAUUGGAGGAGUGUACAAAGCGUAAUGAUUCUAAAGGAGCCGACUUUCUAUGGGAAGCUAUGGUAGGAAGAAUUGGGUGUAGACCAGAUACGGAAAUGUAUAAUUCGAUGAUAGCUUUACAAUGUCACACCAACCACAUCGAUGUAGCCGAGAAGCUGUUGGAUGAAAUGGUCUACAAUGGGGCAUUUCCGGACGACAGAACCUGCAAUUUUUUGCUUCAGUUCUUGAUCAAAUGUAGGAAACUAAAGGAGGCCUCGAGGGUGUUUACAGAGAUGGUGAAAAAUGAAUGCGUGCCGAGCCCGGCCAAUUGCAAUGCAGCUGCCAGUAUGUUUACAGAUGCGCGAGACCAUGGCUCGGCUACGAAGGUUUGGAAGUGGAUGGUCGAGUACGACAGGUGCGAUUUGGAUGAGACUGGAAAUACGUUGAUCGCGGGGCGUCUUGAUCUGGACAGGCUCCCUGAAGCAGUCAAAUAUGCCGAGUACAUGGGCGAAAGAGGAGUCAAAUUGUCCUCUUCCACAUUGUCGAGAAUGAAACAGAGCCUUUCGAAGGCCAGGAAGUUACAUGUGUAUGAUGAACUUUUGAGGAAGUGGAGAAGUCCUCGUGCAGCUUAACGAUUAAUUCAAGUCUUCGUGUUUAGAGGUGGCAUUUUCGGAUUGGCCAUAUUUUGAAUCUAGUCA